UUUCAGUGAUGCAUUUAUUUCAUUAUCCUUCUUCAAGUUAUUCUUUCCUUGAGAACCAUCAUGAAUCUCUUAUUUCCAGCCUUCCUACCGAUGUGUUUCCACCAACCUUAGUUAUUCAGACCUCAAAGGAAUAGUUUUCGAACAAUUAGCUUGUUAUUCUUGUUGUUCUUUUAUGAACUGGAAUAGUUUUUCUAAGUCUUGUUUAUUGGAAACAACAAAGCCAACUUCCAGAUUGUCCACUCACCAUCAGUUGUCACUACAAGACAAACAGAAGACAUGUUGGCACUGGUUUCAAUGUAUUUCUGUUUAUCUUCGACAAAGACUCAAAUACAAACAAGCAGCUGCAAGAACCGGAUCCAAAAACGGUAAAACUUGAAACGAGAUAAAAACAGACUUUAUUCAAUAUAUUGCUUUUGAGGAAAGUGGCCCUUGUUGAUAGAAUUAUAAUUAGUCAUGAUAAUUCCAGCUUAUCUCUAGAUUGACUUUGGACCAAGUGGUUAUUCAUUAGACUUUAACAAGUCUUGAGCAAGUUUUUCCAUGCAACAUGUGGUUAGCAGCAGAUGAAAGAGAUGGUUUGAUCAAAGAGAUUUUGGAGGAAGGAAACACGGUGAAAAAAAAACCUGAAAACAAACAACGUUGGUUUUUGUGGGUGUCAACAAGUGAGAGCACAAGAGCAAGGCCUGAUUCUACUAUUUCAGUUGUUGUAUAUGGUUUGAAAGGGAAGUCAAAUGAAAUACUUUUGUCCAACAGAAAGAUAGGUUUCAAAGGAGGACAAACUUACAAAUUUGAAAUAGCCACAGCAGACAUUGGAACUCUCUACAAAAUCAGAAUUUGGCAUGAUAACUCUGGCACUUUCUCUGGUUAUCCUUUAGAAAAGGUUGAAAUGGAAAAUAGUAAGACCUCAAAACGUUAUGAAUUUCUGGCUAGUUGCUGUUGGUCAACACAGGAUGAAGGAAAGAGACAAAUUGUGCAAGAGUUACCUGCCUCUGGACCUGAAAUUAAGAACCCUUUAUCAGUUGUUCACUACAUCGUAGUGGUGUAUACAGGUGAUGUAGCUGAAGCAGGAACCGAUGCCAAUGUAUUUGUGAACAUCUUUGGAAAACUUGGAGACACUGGACAACGAUACUUGGAAGAAUCUAGGAGCAACCAGACUAAAUUUGAAAGAGGACAGGUGGAUGAAUUCUUAAUUGAAGCUGUUGACUUGAAAGAAUUAACGAAAAUACAUAUUGGACAUGAUGCCAGUAAUCCCGGAAGUGGAUGGUUCUUGGAGAAAGUUGAAAUUAGAGUGAAGAACGAUCCCAGUAAACUUUAUUUGUUCCACUGCAAUAGCUGGCUGGCCCUUGAUAAAGAUGAUGGUACUAUUGUGAAAGAACUUCCCAGAGGAGACAGUAAACUUCUAAACACCACCAAUUAUGAAAUCCAUGUGAAAACUGGGAACGUGAGAGGAGCAGGAACUGAUGCUAAUGUUUUCCUUCAAAUGUUUGGUUCAAAGAAUAACACAGACAAAAUUCCAUUAGUUUCUUCUGAAAACUUAAGGAACCUAUUUGAACGAGACAGAAUUGAUAUUUUCAAGAGAGAACUUACUAACAUUGGUCAAAUAAAAAAGAUCAAAAUCAGCCACGACAACAGUCAGUUGAGUGCUGGUUGGUUCUUAGACAGUGUUUUCAUUAAAGUUCCAUCAGAAGGGAAACAUUAUAUGUUUGAUUGCUUCCGCUGGUUGGCUGUGGAUGAAGAAGAUGGUCAGACUGAAGUGGUUCUGGAGCCGUCAGUGUUGGAGAACAGAGAUAAAGCCGAGCCGUGUGAAGUGACACUCUGGACAGGAAAUGUUCCAAAUGCUGGCACCAAUGCCAAUAUUUACAUCAAACUGUAUGGAGACAAAGGCAAAUCAGAAGAAUAUACUCUAAAUAACAGAAGUGACAACUUUGAGCAAGGCUCUGUGGAUACAUUUAAGAUAGAAAUACCCAAUAUCGGAAAUUUACACAAGAUUUUAGUUCAUUGCGAUGGCAAAGGUGUGUUUGCUGGCUGGUUCCUACAUAAGAUUCUGAUAAGACGACACAGAGUUGAUUCCAAAUGGAAAUCUGGAACUGAUAACAUUGAGCCACAGAAAACUGGCAGUAAGAAACAACCCAAGUUUGUAACAGCUUCUGACACACAACAUGGUAAUUCCAGCAAUGUUGAACAACACUGGUUUAUUGUAGACCAAUGGUUUGAUAAAGAUGCUAACUCUCUCACCAAAGAACUGGUGCCAACAGAUCUAAAUGGGAAACCACUGACAGAUUAUUUUGAUGAAGUGGAAUACACUGUGAAAGUGGUGACAGGUGAUGUGUUUGGUGCUGGCACUGAUGCCAACGUCUUCCUCACAAUUUAUGGAGACCAUGGUGACACGUCAGAGAGAAACCUAUCAAAAUCACAGAAUAUGAAUAAAUUUGAGAGGAGUCAGGAAGACAUCUUCACAUUAAAUGCGAUUGAUCUGGGAAAGUUGAAGAAAAUCAAAAUCUGGCAUGACAACAGUGGCAGCAAUGCGGCUUGGUUCUUGGAUUAUGUAGAAGUUAGAGACAACGACAACCAACAAACAUUUUUUCCUUGUCAAUGGUGGUUGGCAACUAAUGAAGGCGACGGACAAAUUGUGAGGGAAUUGGUGCCAGUGAAGGCAUCUCUGAAGAAGAAAUUACUGAAGAAUGAACCAGAAUCUUUAAAAACACAACUUGGUCUGGAAGUAAAAGCCCUGACCACCACCUACCAUGUGAAGGUGCACACUGCUGAUAGAUGGGGAGCUGGCACUGAUGCAAAUGUCUAUGUGAUUCUGUACGGACACCUGGAUAACUCUGGGAAAAUAUUGUUAAAAUCUUCAAUUACAAACAGCAACAAGUUUGAACGAAACCAAAUUGAUGAAUUCAUUAUUGAAGUCAUUGAUACUGGAGAACUUCAGAAAAUCAAAAUCGGCCAUGAUGACACUGGACUGGGAAGUGCAUGGUGUCUUGAUAAAGUCAUCAUUGACUGUCCUUCUCUUGGAAAGACUUGGAACUUCCCCUGUGGUCGUUGGUUGGCAAAAGGUGAAGAUGAUGGUCUGUUGGAGAGGGAACUUUAUCCUCAGCCAUUGUCUUCAGACUAUAUUCCUUAUAUACCAUAUGAAAUAACCACAUACACUGGAGAUGUUGCUCAGGCUUCCACAGAUGCCAAUGUCUACAUUGCCCUCUACAGUAAAGACAAGAGAACACAACAAAAGCCUCUGUGUCUCACGAAAAACGAGAGAAAACAGAAAUUCAGAAGAAAUGCUGUAGAUAAAUUUAUUUUAGAGAUGGAAAAUAUUGGAGAUGAUGUUGAAAAGAUUCGCAUUGGUCAUGAUGGAUCUGGUUUUGGUGCUGGCUGGUAUCUUGCUAAAGUUGAAGUCCGAAAGUUAAUUUAUUCUGGAAAGAGUUCCAAGACUUUUGUAUUUCCAUGCAACCAAUGGUUGGCUGAGGAUGAAGAUGACCAAUUAACAGAAAGGCUGUUGCUUGUUGAGACAUCAAUCAUUCAAGAAUCAACGGCAGAGACUCAGCACAGAAGCCACAAAGACGAUUCCACAACAGACCAACUUUUACACAAGUUACCAAGGAGCUACAGGAAGUAUACACACCAAGAAUUGCUCAAUUUCCAACAGAAGUGUAUUCCUAUUGGAUAUGAUACAGACCAUGCUACAGCAAACCAUAGCUAUCAAAAGAAACAAGUUUACCGAAUUAUCAUCACAACAUCGGACCAGAAAGAUGCCAGUAUUUCGGAUGAUGUUUGGUUUAUUUUAGAAGGAGACAAACAAACAACUUGCAUCAUUGAGAAAAUCAAAAAUUCUGAGGGAAAAUUCUUCCAAAAAGGGAAGACUGAUGGAUUUACUUUCACUUGUCCACCUGUUGGUGAGAUAAAGAACUGCUACUUAGGAGCUGUAUUCCAUACUGGGAUGUCGUCAUCAUCAUCAUCAUCAUCAUCACAUAGAUCUUCUAAUGCUAACUUCUGGUUGUGUGAUCAAAUUACAGUGAUUGAUGAAGUGACAGCCAACAUAUCUAUAUUUCAAUGUAAUAACUGGGUGAAAGUAACUGAAAAGAUGUCCAAAAGUGAUUCCGUGAGACUCUGUUUGGUAGAAACAAUGCAAGACAAACAACUAACAAAGAAGAAAAGAAGAGGGAUGGUCACAUAUGAAAUACAAGUAUACACUGGAGAUGUAAAACAUGCAGGAACAGAUGCCAAUGUCUACCUCAAUAUAUUUGGAGAAAAUGGAGAAACAGGCAGGCAACCAUUGAAACAAAGAUUUAGGGAUUUAUUUGAGAGAAAUCAGAAGGACACGUUUUUUAUCAAAUGUCUUGAAUUGGGUAAGUUGCGAAGUCUUUUCAUUGAACAUGACAGUUCUGGUUUUGGUUCCGGUUGGUUCUUGGAUCGUGUUGAAAUAAUCAAUAAAAUCACACGGGAGAAAUCAAUAUUCCCCUGUAAAACUUGGCUGGACAAGAAAAAAGGAACCACAUCAAUAUUUUUACAACCAAAGGUCAAGUGAAAAAUGGUCAGGUAAAAUCCUAUGAAAGGAACUUACCAGGAAAUCUUUUGUACCAAGAUUUUACUUGUAGUUUUUGCUUUCUAAAUAAAGAUAAUUCAG